AUGAAUACUUUUUCUUAUUAUGAGGAUUCUAAAGUUAAAAAGUUUUAUGACGCAAUAUUUGAAUUAGGAGCAGUUCCUUUAAUUAAUCGACCGACAAGAGUAUCAAUAAACACAACUACUCUUAUCGAUAAUAUUAUUACAACCGAUAUCCUUAAUAAAAACAUACAAAAAGGUAUCUUAAAAACUGAUAUUUCCGAUCACUUUACUAUAUUUUUAACAUUUAACUGUAAUUCCGAAACUAUGAUUAAGACAAGCCAAAAAAUUAGACUGCGUCAUAUUAACAAAGACAGUAUUAAUCAUUUUAAAGAGCAACUACCAUUGCUCCAUUGGAAACAUAUAAACAUUAACGAUGACGCAAACUCUAUAUAUGAUAAUUUUUUCAACACAUUAUAUCCUAUUUACGAUGCAAAUUUUCCAUUCAUAGAAAAGACAAUAAAUCCAAAAAAAACAUUCAAUCCCUGGAUUACCAAAGAUUUUAAAAAAUCAUCGAAGAUCAAGCAGAAACUGUAUAUAAACUUAAUCGAUAAGUAUAAAAAUAACUCCAAACGUACAUGGGAAAUAAUAAAAGAAAUAAGCGGAAAACAAAAAGACUGCUCAGGUUUCCUUCCCCAGGUCAUCAAGGUUGAUAACAGAAUCAUCUAUGAACAAAAAGAAAUAGCUUGCGAGUUUAAUAAUUUUUUUGUUAAAAUUGGUCCUGAACUGGCCAGUAAGAUUCCAAAGACGCAGGCUAUAUUUAGUGAUUUUCUAGUACCGAUGACUGAUUGCAUUACAUCUGGAGAGUUGUCUUCUAAAUUAUCAUUUAUAGAAUUUGAAAUAGCAUUUAAAACUCUGAAAAAAAAUAAAGCUACUGGAGCAGAUGACAUUAAUGGUAAUAUAAUUCUAAACUGUUUUGAACAAUUAAAAGAUAUUCUCUUUAAAGUUUUUAGCGCAUCAAUUAAUCAAGGAAUUUUUCCUGAACAACUAAAAAUUGCAAAAAUUACCCCAAUUUUUAAAGAAGGUGGUAGGGCUAUUAUUAGCAACUACCGACCCAUUUCUAUCUUACCUUUAUUUUCAAAAAUAUUAGAAAGAAUUAUAAAGUACGAGAGAAGAACUUUACAUUUUACGGCUGAGUCUACUUCUCCUGAAGAGGAAACUACUAAUAGUAGUUCUCAGUCCGACUGUAGCAAUACAGAUGAUAAUGUUAAUGAUGGUAGUUUUACCCAAGAGACAGAAGAAAUUGUAUCUAUAGUAUCUGAGGAAGAAAAUCAAAUUCUAGUAUCUGAGGAAGAAUCGAGUGCUUCCAUGUUUCAGUUCUUUAGUUCUAAUCCAUUUGAAUGUUCUUUAUUGGAUUCAAUUGUUAACAAAAAGUUUAUGUUUUUAACCUUGUUGUAUUUAAUGAUUAGCAAUUCAUUUACUGAAAUCGCAUUUGAUAGAUUUUUGAAGACUUUGCUGAUUUUUCGCUGUAUAAAUGACAUGCCGUCAUCUCAUAAAAUGAUUCGUAGAUUUGUUACUAAAAAUAUAUUCUCCCAUACUGAACCAACGCAUAAAUAUUAUUGUCAUAAUUGCUGCACAGCUUUAGUUGACACGUGUAAAAUAAAUACUCAUUGUUCAUCCCAUAUCUUUAUAUUGGAUAUCAUUAGCCAAAUGAAACUUGUUUUAUUUCUGAAUUUGGAUGCAAUUAAAUCAUAUCAAUUGGAAAUUAUGUCAGAUUUACCAUCUUAUAAACGAUUCCUAUUUGAAAAUACACUACUUCUUGGUUUAUGGUUCUUAUUAUUAAAACCUAAUUGGAAUGCUUAUUUAAAGGAGUACAUCAAUGGAAAACUGUUUGAAACACCCCUUGAAAUUAACAAUAUCCAAGUAGUUAUUCAUAUUGUUGGUUUUGUUUUCGAUUUGCCUGCAGUGGCUUCAAUCAUCAAUCAUAAGCAGUAUAAUGGUGAAUUUGGAUGUCACUAUUGCGAACAUCCUGGUAGAACAAUUGAAAGAAAACAUGGUUCCGAUAGAAUUUAUUCACAUUCAGAUACAAAUUAUAAUCUUAAAACAUCUGAAAUGUAUGCCAUAUAUGCUAGAUUAGCCGAAAAAUCAAAAGUAUCUGUAUUUGGAAUUAAAGGCUCAAACAUCUUUAGUGACAUUUCAUUUAUUAAAGUGCCAGAUAUGAUACUUAUUGAUGUGUUACAUUUGUUUUACGAAAAUUGCUCAAAAAAGCUUUUAGUUUGUUUAUUUUCUGUUACCAAUAAACACGAAUCAUUUUUUAUUGGUAGUGCAAAAUUAAAUGCUAUGGAAAUCUUACUUGCUGAUCAAAAAAUGCCACAUAACAUGCCCAAGCCAUUAACUAUUAAAUCAUUCACACAUUGGAAAGGCCAUGACUUUAAAAACUUUAUUUUAUACUUAGCAGUUCCAUAUUUUUUACCAUAUUUGAAUCCUGACUGCAUGAUGAUGAUUUAUUCUCUAGUAAUUGGUAUGCGUUUGUGUAGCAGUGAAAUAUGUUUAGAUAAGGUGUUGCUUAUUAGUCAGCUGUUUAACUUUUAUCAAAAAUCAUUGUCUGAGUUGCUUCCUUUAUAUAUGAAUACUAUAAAUGUUCAUUUGCUUGGUCAUGUUAGCGAUAUUAUUAAAAUGCAUGGAAGUGUUACAAAUUACUCAAUGUUUUGUUUUGAAGCUCGGCUAAGUAAUUAUAAAAAAAUGAUGAAGGGAACACAUGGUCAUCCACAACAGAUUGUACAAAAAUUUCUUGACUUCAAAACAGCUUCUUGUUUUUUACAAACAACAGAUCAUCCUAAAAAAGUUAAAGUUUGUAAAGCAUUAAAUAUUGGCAUUAUUGAACAAGAAGAAUUGCAGUUGUUAAAUCCGGGCAGAUUGUUGAAACAUGGUAUUGUUUACCAUUCAAAAGGUUAUGGCAAACAUAACAGCUACACUUGUCAAAUUUGGACAUAAUAAGUUUGGUAUCAUAUUAGAUUUUCCUUUAGUUGACAAUGUAAUACAUGUUCAGUUACAACUAUUGAAUGUGAAGUGUAAGUUAGUUUCUACUUUUGGUGAUAUGAUUGGAAAUUUGGAAAUUAACUUUGAUGAUGACUUUUUUUUUAUUGUUGAACAAACAAAAAACAUUGUUGCUAUUUCAGCUGACACUUUAGUCUGCAAAUGUAUAUUAAUUAAAAGUAAAUUAGAUACAAAAGAUGUAUUAAUUUUGACACCAUUGAAAGAACUUUUCGAAUAUGCUUAGGGUGGCUAAAUGUAAAUUUUGUAAUUAAUAAAUAUGCUUCACAUCA